AUGUCGUCGCGCAUCCCGGACGAGACGCUCUCCCAGGUGCUCGAGAAGAUCCAGCUGCAAGUGUACCAGACGAACCAGCAGCUGAGUGCGCUUCGGGCGCAGAUCGCCGCACGCGAGCGCGAGGCCAAGCUCAACACGCUCACGCUCACCGAGCUGCAGGCGAUUCAGGAUCCCAACGCACCGUUCUACCGCUCAGUUGGAAAGAUGUUCCUGCAAGAAUCACAACCCGUGGUGCUGUCCGAGCUCGAACAGAAACAGACCGCCAUCACAUCAGAUCUUGAAGCCCUCCAGAAAAAGCAAAAGUACCUCCAAAAACAGCGCGAAGACGCACAGGCUCACCUCAAAGACAUCUUUUCCAGCGUCAACCGUCAGCAGCAACAAGAAGCUUGA